UAAAGAGGCUUCUGGUCAUCCUCCUCCUCCGAGCAGUUCCAAAAACCUCAUAAAACCCCUCGCCCUCAAUUUUAAGAGAGAGACAAAGAGAACCUCGAUUUCUUUUUUAGAGAGAGAAGUGGAGGGAAAAUUACAGCAACCCUCUUGGGGAAAUGGCUACUCAGUUCCCGGACGAUUUCAAGUGCCCGAUUUCUCUCGAGAUAAUGUCGGACCCGGUAAUCCUCUCUUCCGGUCACACCUUUGACCGUGCUUCUAUCCAACGGUGGCUUGACUCCGGCCACCGUACUUGCCCAAUAACUAAGCUACCACUUCCCGACCACCCUCCUCUCAUUCCCAACCAUGCUCUUAGAAGUCUAAUUUCCAAUUAUACCCUCCUCUCCCCUCCAAAAUCACAGCCUAACCCUUCACAGCAACCGCAGCCUCAAACCCUAAUCUCCGCUGUCAUUUCUCCGUCUUCUCCUCUCAACUGCAAGCUCGACUCCCUUUCUCAGCUCACCAGGCUUAGCAAACUAGACCAUGCCCUUCGCCGCCAGCUGACCGAGUCUGGAGCCGUGUCAGCUGUUCUCAACUGUGUCAGCUCGACGGAGACUGUCCUUCAGGAGAAAGCCCUCUCUCUAUUACUCAAUCUCUCCCUUGACGACGAUAACAAGGUGGGUUUAGUAGCAGAAGGCGCAAUUGGUCGGGUUGUCACAGUUCUACGGAUUGGGUCGCCGGAUAGCCGUGCCUUGGGUUGCACUAUCUUGACCAGUCUUGCAGUCGUAGAAGUGAACAAAGCGACAAUCGGGGCGUACCCAAAUGCAAUUCAAGCGUUAGUCACACUACUAAAUAAUGGGAAAGUUAGAGAGGUGAAAGAAGCAGCAACAGCGUUGUAUGCUAUCUGUUCAUUUCCGGAUAAUAGAAGGCGAGCCGUGGAAUGUGGGGCGGUGCCCAUUUUGGUGAGGAUAGGCGGGAUGGGUCUGGAGAGAGCAGUGGAAGUCUUGAGUGUUUUGGUGAAGUGUAAGGAAGGGAGAGAGGAGAUGGGGAGGAUUGGUAGGUGUUUGAGGGUUUUGGUGAAGGUGAUUAAGAAUGGGAGCGAGAGAGGGAUUCAAUGUGGGCUUUUCACUUUGAAUUCUCUGUGUUGUUACAGUGAGGAAAUCUGUGGGGAAGCCAAGAGAGAAGGGGUUUUGGAGAUAUGUUUGGGGUUGGUGGAGGAUUACAAUGAGAAGGUAAGGAGUAAUGCUUUAAGUUUGGUGCAAACGCUAAGUGGGUGUCGCUUGGUGGAGUGAUGGAGGGUCGCUGUCGGUUAUGGAUGGAGGUGAGUUGGGGAUUUUUCGGUAUUGUUUUUGUGGGUAUGAGUACUCUCCUUGCUGGAUAGUUCUGUGUACAAAUGAAAGAAAAGGAUUAGAGUUUGAUGGGCGAUAUGUUCCUUCUUUUUGAAAAAAAAAAAAAGAAAGAAAGAAUUUUUGUACAUUUCAAUAAAUCAAUCUCUGAAUUCAGAAACUUGUAGUUGAAAGAUUAUAAAUUGGUUCUUUAAAUUGUAAUUUGUCAAAAUUUAGAAAAUUUUGUAUCCAAACCAUUUACCAUUUUCCUGCUUUUCAUUGAAGUUCUUGAGGAUUUUCAAUUGGGUGGUGGGAGAAAUAGCAUCUGAACCUUAAAUUUUAUACAAUAUGACGGCUUAACUGUGA